AUGCAGGCUCCAGUGUGUCCUGAUUGUUUCACAGGCACCCUCCGUGGUGAUGUGACCCCCACGGGUUAUGAAGAGGUGAUCAACGGUCUCCCAACUUACGUCACUGGCCCCGAACCUGGCGUCCAGCCACGCGGCAGUGUGGUGCUCAUCACCGACGCCUUCGGUUGGAAGCUGCGCAACUCGCGGGCCCUCGCCGACGCCUACGCCAAGCGCGUUCCCCGCCUCAGCAAAGCCCUCACCACCCUCCGCCUCCUCCCCACCAUCCUCCUCUUCCUCUUCCGCACGCGCCAAUCCGUAGCCCACCCGCGCGUGCUCUCCUUCGUUACCGCCCUGCGCGCCGCCAACACCACCACCACCUCCCCCUUCCUCCCCGCCCCCAACAAAAUCGGCAUCGCCGGCUUCUGCUGGGGCGGUCUGCACGCCGUUCUCCUCACCCACGAUACCCCGCGCAACCGGAUCGUGGACGGCAACGGCGGCGCCGGCCAGCCGCUGAUUGAUUGUGCGUUUACGGCGCACCCGUCGCUGCUGAGUUUCCCGGGGCAUAUUGAGGGCGUGGUGCGGCCGCUGAGCGUGGCGAAUGGGGAUGAUGACCGGUAUAUGGGGCGGGAGAAGAUGGGGGUUCUGGUGAGGGUUUUGGAGGGGAAGAAUGAGGUUGAUGCUGGGGGGGAGGUGGGUGCUGGUGGUGUGGAGGGUGGUGGUGAGGAUAAGGCUUCGGGGCCGAGGUAUGAGGCCGUGGUGUACCCCGGGGCGAAGCAUGGGUUUGCGGUGAGGGGGGAUAAGGCGGAUCCGAUGCAGAGGAAUAGGGGUGAGCAGAGUGAGGACCAGGCUGUGAGGUGGUUUCAGCGGUGGUUUGCCUGA